UGUAAGCACGCGACCACAUCGAUUGUCAAUGAGGAUUUUGUUAGCUGAGCAGGUGAAAGCUUUACAAAGGAGGAAAGGGCAAUGCCACAAAAAUGUUUUCUAACCAGGGCAUUCAUCCCGUCACUAUUUACUUCAGCAACACGAAAAACUGUUUUCUUCACCUCCCUCCGAAGUUAGUAUCGCAUCUCUUACUGAACGAGAACCAGGCCCUGGAGUUAUCAUGGGGAAAUGGUACAUCAGUUUUUCUCAGCUGGACAUAUAAUAGAAAUUCUUCCAAUGAUACACAAAGAGUUGAGCUGUGUCGACAACUGGGAGAGAGGUUAGGCCUUGAGGAUAGGGAGCAAGGUUUCAUUAAGCCAUGUCGCCAGGUCUCAUCUGUGCAUCAAGUAUUUGUGGAGCCACUUUCCUUUGAUGACUGGGAGAUUUUGGAGCUCCACAGCACUGCACUUGAGACACAGCUGCUCGAUCAGAUUAGAGUUGUUUUCCAGGACGCUGUGUUUCCCGUAUGGGUGGAUACUCACACAGCCAUUUACAUCCAAAUAGCAUCGUUACUGCCUUCAGUGCCAUUCGGUCGGCUGGAGCAGUUUACAGAACUCAUUGUGUCACCCAAACAACGCCCUGAUAUCAACAUUAGUGGGUCUAAGUUAAAAGUAAGCAAGAACCAACAAAAAGAAGGGGUCCAAAAGUCAGAUGUCUCCUCAUCUGCAGUAGUACCGGUCCAACAGUGGGGCUUAGGUCUAAAAAGUCUAGUGCGACACUUGCUCAUGGGGCCAGUGAAAGAGCUCCCCUUGGUUCCCAUUCUGCCCCUUGUCAUCAGAGACUCUAUCUUCAGAGUAUGCGGUGCACCUCCAGAUUCGCUUUGCACAAUAAAUCACCGGACAACUGAUGUGGUGCAUGUGUUUCCUCUCAGCCAUGGACUGAGUGCAGGCCACACAGGAGGCCAGUCACAAAUCACAUAUGGAGUGCUCACUAAAGUUCUUAUUUCUAAAGAAGUCAAGCAAAAGGAUAAAGCAACUUUGGAUAAUAAGAAAAGUGUCUCGAAAACCCCUGCAGACUCAGGUGGGGGAGACAUUCUGAAGGACGAUGAGGCCAUUGUGGUGAGGGUUGUGUGCCGGGAGAAGCUUACUCACAAAAGCCCUAUAAAAGGAUCAAUCCACAGUGGGAAAGUUUGGGUCUCAGAGCAGCUGGCUGCUAAAAUUUAUGUUAUUCCACAUUCAACAGUGAGAAUAAAGCCUAUAGAAUCUGCUGUUAAAGUGGCCACUGUGAUCCAAUUACAACCCAUGAUACCAAUGUCUGAAGAUGAUGAUGAGAUCCGGACGGUGUUCCUUGGGUGGCUCCACACUCAGAGUCAUGAGCCCUUAGCUUGUCUAACUGCGCGCUCUAGCACCAUCCUGCUUCAUGGAUCUGAAGCCAAGCUUCAAUUUGUGUUGACUGUACUGAAGCCAGAGUCUGCAGACGAUCCCAUAGAUCAACUCUUUUUGCUGGCAGCCACACUUCUCAAAAAUGAAGACAUACAGGUAAGAAGAGAGACGUUAACCAAAGCAGCGGAAAAAAUUCCAGACAAAAUAUCAAAUGAAGAGCUUCCAUCUCUCACCAGUCUUGGAGGGAUUGAUAAAGUUAGUAAAAGUGCCCAUGAGUUCAUUUCCCACAGUCUUCUGGCAGGUCCUCUUUCACUAGAAUUGGGCUCCUCCACACAGGGGCUUCAAGGAGGUGUUCUACUAAUAACUGGAGCCAAGGGGUGUGGCAAGAGUACCUUUGCUCGAGCUCUCUGCAGAAAAGUCAGUGAAGAUCUUGAUGUACACGUGGAGAUUUUGGACUGCAAAAAAUUACAAGGGAAGAGGGCAGAAACUGUAAAGCUGAGGCUGCAGGAUGUGUUUGAGCAGGCUGAGUGGAAGCAGCCCUCAGUGGUACUUCUUGAUGACUUGGAUCAAAUAACAGGAGCGCCAUCUUCAGCUGAGCAUGAGCAUAGCCCUGAGGUGUUGCUACAACAGCACAUUGCACAGAGUCUUAAAGAUGUAGUCGAUGAUGUGGUUCAGCGUUCCAGUCUUGUCAGUCUAAUAAUAACUGCCAAGAAUGAAGACUCCCUCCACCCUUCACUCACUGAGCUGCAGGGAUCUCACUUCUUCCAAAGGUUUUUACAUAUUGAGCCUCCAGAUCAGGAUCAAAGAGCAGAUAUUUUGCGAUGUCUCAUAUUAAGAAAAGAUUUCCUGUCUGAGGAAACCUUACAAACUCUUGAUGUCGGUGCAGUUGCGAAAUUGACAGAAGGGUAUACCCCUCAAGAUCUAGCACUGUUGCUGGACCGUGCCAUUCAUGCCAGAACUGUUCAGAAGCAACAUGGCGUCCAAGAUGGUCUGCUGUCGGUAGAUGAUUUUUCCCAGGCUUUGAAAGGAUUCACACCUCCCUCACUCUGGGGGGUAGAGCUGCACUCCCUCAGCAGAGUUGGCCUGGAUCAGGUUGGAGGACUGAAAGAUGUGCGGCAACAGUUAAUAGAUACCAUAAUGCUCCCUGCUAAGUAUCCCAUUCUAUUCUCCAAACUUCCUAUCCGCCAUCGAUCAGGAGUUCUUUUGUAUGGCGCCCCAGGUACAGGGAAAACCCUGCUGGUCAGGGCUGUAGCCAAGGACAGUGGAAUGAACUUCAUUAGCAUCAAGGGUCCCGAACUCCUGAGCAAAUACAUUGGAGCAAGUGAACAGGGUGUCCGAGAUGUCUUUCAGAAAGCUCAAGCUGCUAAGCCAUGCAUCUUGUUCUUUGACGAGUUUGAUUCACUGGCCCCGAGGAGAGGCCAUGACAGCACUGGGGUGACUGACCGUGUGGUCAAUCAACUCCUCACUCAGCUGGAUGGGGUGGAGGGCCUCCAAGGUGUGUAUGUGCUUGCUGCCACUAGUCGUCCGGAUUUGAUUGACCCAGCCCUGUUGAGACCUGGGCGACUGGACAAAUGUCUCUAUUGUCCUCCACCUGACCUAGAGGCUCGUCUGGAGAUCCUUACGGCCUUGAGCUCUGGCCUCUCCCUGGCGGCGGAUGUGGACCUGGAGCAGCUGGCUGCAGACACAGAACAGUUCACUGGAGCUGACCUGAAAGCCCUGCUCUACAACGCCCAACUAGAGGCCAUCCACUUAAGCAGCAGGGGCAGCCCACCACAGGACACUGCACUUGGUUCAGAGAUAGAGAUGAGUCUUUCUUCAAUGAUCUUCCCAAAUCACAGCAGUGGAUCUGAGGACUCUGUUGGGGAGGGGGAUAUGGGCCUAGCCCUAGAGCAGUCUAUACUUUCACUUGAAACCAGUGACCUCCAGGCCUAUGAGGAGAACAGGGGCAACGUUUGGAGAAUCUACUUUGGGAGUUCCUUUGAGUCUGAGCUGGGAUACUCUCCUGAACUAGUACUUAAUAACCCUAGAUGUCUCUCUGGUCCCUUGUCUGAGAGCCAGGACCUGACAACUACAUGUGUGCAUGAUGUUGGCAGUGAUCUCCCUCCUUUGUACAUGCCCUCUCUGCAGAGCGGCUGUGAGGAGCUGAGCCCAAAGCAACAAGAGCAACUCACUCGAGAUGUAAAUACAAUCAAAACAACUUACAGGAAGGAGAGUGUACAGGUGCAUUCCCUGAUGAGCCCACCCCUCCUGCUCAUCUCUCAGGCUCAUAUCAAAUGUGCUCUGUCUACAACUAAACCAUCUGUGAGCAAAGCCGACUGGAGCAAAUACACCAAACUGUAUGAAGCCUUUGAUGGUUCAGGAGAUGGAAAGCCACUGCAGAUAUUUAAACCAGGACAGCGUGUAACUUUAGCCUGAAGAAAUCUUACUUGAUUAUUCAGAUUUUACUAAUUGUGAGUUUUAAAUUAUCUGUAAUAUAAUAAAGGCACAAAUCCUACAGUCUUACAAUAUAACAAUAUGUAAAUGCACACAUAUAAUGAAUGUGUAAGCCAGGCAUUUGGCUACUCUUUGUUUUUACUGUACAUAUUGUAAAAUUACAAAUUAAUUUUAUAAUUUAAGUAAUUAAACAUUUCCUCUUUGA